GGGGCUGGGGCCGGGUUUGGGGCCGCCCCGCCCGCGCCCGCCGCCGGCCGGCAUGAAAGGGGAAGGGCUCUGCGGCGCCGCUCGGGCCGCGCUGCCGCCGGCUCUCGGUGCAGUGAUGAAGAUGAAGGUGCUACCGUGCCCUGCUGCUCUUCUCUUUGUGGUGGCUGCCUUGGGUCUGGAGCCAUGUCACUGUGCCAAGGUGCUGAUCAUGCCCACCAUAGUCUUCGACAGCCACUUGCGAGUCUUCAUGCGAGUGGCAGAGGCACUGGCUGACCGGGGCCACGACCCCGUGCUGCUCCUCCACGAGGGUCGGGACGUGGAAACCUACCUGCCCGCCUUCCGCAUCCAGAGGUACUGGGGCAUCUUCAGCACGGAGAGCGCAGACGCAUGGGUGCAGGAGAAGAUAAAGCGUGUCUUUCAAGGGAAGAUGACCUCUCUGGAGAUGUUCUCCUUUUUGGAAAAGUACCUGGAAAACUGUGACCUGGUGCUGGGAAACAAUACCCUCCUGCAGAAACUCCAGCAUGAGCACUUUGACCUCCUGUUGGUGGACCCCAAUGAGAUGUGUGGCUUUAUCCUGGCUCACAUCCUCCAUGUCAAAUAUGCUGUGAUCUCCACUGGUUUCUGGUUCCCAGCAGAGAUUGGUGCCACGUCCCCCAUUGCCUAUGUUCCUGAGUUCAACUCCCUGAUGACUGACAGGAUGGGCUUCUUCGGCAGGACUUGGAACCUCCUGGUCUACAUGAUCACUCGCGUGGCCACAAAGCUGGUCAUCCUGCCCAAGUUUGAACGUCUCAUGGAGAAGCACAGCGUGGAGCCCAAGACAUCCAUGCUGGACCUUGUCCAUGGAACUAGCCUCUUCUUCCUCUGCAAUGAUGUGGUGCUGGACUUUCCCCGGCCAACGCUCCCCCAUGUCAUUUUCACAGGGGGGAUCCUUGCUGAGCCUGCAAAGCCUCUUCCAGUGGGUCUGCGUCUCUGGGUGGAAGCAGCAGAUGCAGGUGUUGUUGUUGUCUCCUUUGGCAUUGGGAUCCGAGCUCUUCCAAACGACCUGGUGGAGAAGAUGGCUGGUGCAUUUGCCCGCCUCCCGCAGAGGGUGGUGUGGAGAUACUUCGGACAGAAGCCAAGAAACCUGGGCGAGAAUACACUGAUGAUGGGGUGGCUACCCCAGAACGACCUGCUAGGCCAUCCCAACGUGAAAGCCUUCGUCAGCCACUGCGGGAUGAAUGGCAUAUUUGAGGCAAUUUAUCACGGUGUGCCAGUGGUGGGAUUCCCUUUCUAUGGGGACCAGUUUGACAUCAUGACCAGAGUGCAGGCGAAGGGCAUGGGUAUCCUCAUGGACUGGAGCAGCGUGAGAGAAGAGGAUCUUUACCAGGCUGUCAUCACAGUUAUCUCUGACCCCAGUUACAGAAAAGCAGCUAAGCUCAUCUCGGCCCUGCACCUGGACAAACCGAUGCAUGCUCUCAACAGGACAGUGUACUGGCUGGAGUACAUCCUCCGUCAUGAUGGGGCACCUUACCUUCGUCCCGCUGUCUACGACCUCUCCUUGUAUGAGUACUUCUGCUUGGACAUCUUGGCUCUUCUCUUGCUCUGCCUGGCCAGCAUUGGAUUUGUGCUCUACAAGUCUGUGGUGUGGUACAGAAGGAAGAGGGCCAGCCCUGUCUAUCAGAAUGGCAAUUGCAUGAAAGGCCACUUCACAGAAGAGAAGAAGUUGCAGUAGUGGCUCAGCAUGUUCCAGGGCACAUCCCUUCACUGUGAAACGAACUGCUGCCGUGCCAAGAAAUGUGCGGCACGCAGGCACAGAGAGAGGCGAAAGAUCAGCAGGUCUGGAUGAGAAGAGCCGGGGGGAGGGAGGUGUAUUGCAAAGGCCUGUGUGCACACCUCUGUGUACAGCACCUGUGGGCGGGGACGCGAAUUCAGGCAUGGGUGGAAGUACUUGGCCAGGACGCUGGGAAUGGGGCAUGGGUAGGUAGACUUCCAGGGAGGAGUGCGAGUUGUUCCCUUUUUAUUGCACGUUGGUUUAGACGCUGGUGUUGCUCUUCUGGCUUUUUGGAUCUCUGGGGAGGCUCUGGAGGUAGGAAUAGCGUUUCGUGCGUGGCAGACAUUGUUUCUCCUCUGGCUUGUCACCAAGACCCCCAAGAGUCAGGAUUCCUUUAUGUGCAGGUGAGGACUGGAGGUAGAGCUGUGGACAGGGAAGGUUAAUGAAAGUAUUGAUUGAAAGAAAAUGGUCUGUUUAAAGUUCUGUGGGUGAAUGUUGUUCUUCCUGCUUCCAUCGACCCUCUGCAAUCUUGUUUGUGUUUGAGCUAAAUUAUUUUUUUUUUAAAUAAAGUUAUAUUCUUUCCCCCGGGU